AUGUCUGUGUUACACACGUUACUUCAUCUUGGUUUAACAAUUAUGGCAGCAGCUGCGAAAAGUGUUGAAACUCUCCUCUUUGUCCUUGUCAGUUGGUAUGAUCUCUAUGUAUACACACCUCUACAAACGUACCUGUGGCCAAUAGUAGAGCAAGUUCCUAGAUAUGUCAACACCGGAGGCCGCAAAUAUACCCUCUUUUCAGCCAAUACAGUGUCAUGGGCUCGAACAUUUCUGGUCAUUCCAAUUGCCUGGUGUUUAAAAUACAAUAUAUGUUGGUUAGCCUUCCUACUCGUCCUGUUUCACGAUUUUCUUGAUCAUCUGGACGGUAUUGUUGCGAAAGUUCAGCGACAGAAGUAUGGACCUAUAGACGACCCUAUACUUGGUGGAUUUAUGGAUGCAUUCUGCGACAAGAUUGUGAAUGUACUGUCGCUGUGGAGUAUCAUCAUGGUGACAGAUUUCUCGCUGCUGUCAUGGCAACAAACCUUGCUAUUUCUCUUUCCCAAUAUGGCUAUCAUGGCAUACGAGUUUCUGCUCGGUGUGGUCAGAGUCCAGGACUAUUUCAAGGCGCACUAUCUCAGAGAGUUCAAGAAGUCAGAUGAGGUUGGGUCAGCUAUUGAUACAUCAGCUGUGAUGGAAGGGAAACUGAAAGAGAAACUGGAAUCUAUGGCAAUUGCCUUUCUGUGUCUUGGCCAAGGAGCUGCAAACAUCAUGUCUAGUUUUAGUGGAAUAUUUGGCAUCAUAUGUCUUCUUCUGUCUAUCCGUCUGGCCCACGCUAGCCUACAACACAAACUAUCAGCGAGGAACAAACAGGGUGGACGCACAGAAACAAAAGUCCAGUAUGUCAAAGAAAAACAAGAAGCUGAUGUAUUAGAAAAGGAGAAAACUCGUGAUUUUGAAAUCGCACGGCGGAAGCAAAAGAGUGUUGCUGUACAAGUUGACAUCACGCUGACAGGAGACGCGAAGACAUCUACACCGGACACGGAGAAAACAAGAAGGCAGUCUGUGGACAAGUUUGAGAUGAGGACACACCACCGCCGGCUGUCUCUGCCACUGACACACCUGGAUGGACGCGUGGAUAAGGUAUACACUGUGGGAUGUUUUGAUCUCUUCCACCAGGGACACAUCAAACUAAUUCAGAGGAUGAAGUCGCUGGGCAAACAGGUGGUGGUUGGUGUGCACGACAGUCGUAGCAUCUACAACCUGAAGAAACGAGUUCCGAUCGACAACACGGAACAGAGGAUGAUCAACGUCAAGAGAUACGCAGAUGUCGUUUUCUGUGUAGCAGGGAAUGACCCGACCACCUUUAUCCACUGCAUCUUCAACAAGAUGGAUGACGAGACUGCAAUGUAUAUCCGCGGAAACGACAUGGAGAACUUCCCGGCCAGAGAACUCUGUGAAGCACUCAUGUCGGUCAAAUUCCUGCCUUACACGGAGGGAGUUUCAUCCACCAAACUGCGCAAAGACCUGUACAAUUCCGGGAAAAUGGAGUCGCGGUUUGACGAUAUCUAUCUCUUUUAUUAACUUUAUGAUAUGAUCACAUUUUGACGACAUCUAUAGAUAUAUAUUUUUUUUUUUUUUUUUUUUUUUUAUAUUAACUUGUGAUGUGAUCACAUUCAUUUUAUGACCUUUUAGAAUUUUGAUGGACAUGCUUGAACAAAUGAUGGGAUCACAUUUUGAUGACAUCUAUAGAUAUAUUUUUUAUUAACUUGUGAUAAAAUCACAUUUCUGUCCUUGUAGAAUAUAUCUAAUGGACAUGCAUGAACAAAGUGAAUUCUUGGAGCUCAGUCAUAUAUAUGUAUGUUAAAUAUGUGCUUUGUAAAUCUAAAUAAUAUACAUACAAGUACUUAUUACCCCAUUAAAAUAUUUUAUGUAUUUUUAAUUUUCAGUGGUUAAUUCACCAAAUUUAAAAAGAAACAUUAAACACUUUUGUAUGGGAAACAUGCUCCUAAUCCCCUUAGGAGUCUCACGUUAUCAACACUUGAUGUCAGUGAUGUUAACAGAAAUCUUCAGCUUAAUUUCACAACCAGUCUAGCACAGAUGUAUACAAACUUUUGUUUUAACCAAAUCUCUAUAACCAUUAUAAAAUCCAUUAUUCAAGACAUCCAUAUGAAAUCCUUGACACUAGAAGUUUGUUUAACGACACCACUAGAGUACAUGCAUUAAUUAAUCAUCAGCUAUUAGGUAUCAAACAUGUAAUAAUUCUUAUAGUCUUCAGAGGAAUCCUGCUACAUUUUUCUGUUAGUCGCAAACGGAUCUUUUAUAUGUAGUUUACCAGACAGGACAGUACAUACCAUAGUAUUUAAUAUAUCAGUCGUGGGGUACUGGAUGGGUUGGGGGAAAAUCCAACUGGUCCACCAAGGGAAGUUUGUUUUGUUUAAUGACACCACUUGAGCACAUUGAUUAAUUAAUCAUCGGCUAUUGGAUGUCAAACAUUUGGUCAUUCCGACAUGUAGUCUUAGAGAGAAAACCUGUUACAUUUU